UUUCCAUCCUACCCAUAAACUACGCCGUUCACCCCCAGCUGCAGCUCCUGUCCUCCUCUCGACAUGCUCGCUCCCCAAAGCCUGCUCCGGCAGGGGUCCCAAGAAGACAAAGAAGCAGCAGCAACAGCAGCGCGGCUCUGAGUUUUGGAUUUGUCGCACAAGCGUGCACGAGAACGCAGCCCGCGAUGGCACCGCAUCUUCGGCGGAGUUUCGUGCCGGGCUGAGGGAGAAUCAUUCCGCACAUGAGAUGGAGUACACGCCUAGCGUAACCGCCGUCGAGACAUUGCUGGAGUGGCCAUCACAGUCAGUGAUCGAAGGUGGGUGGCAGCAGGUGGAAAUCCAUGUAAAUGCUAUUACGCAUACCUUCCAUCCGAGGCAUCUCAUCGCCCCGCGCACCUUCAUCGUUCUUGUCGUCUCCGCGGACCAACCGAGCGAUCGGAGCGGCUUUGUUAUCGUACAAAUUCCACUGUCUUCGACUGUGGAGCCGGCCGAGACCCUGUCAGACUUUCUCUUUGCUGUCACGGCCGCCCAUCCCCCCAAUGCGAUACUUGCCGCGUACGCGAGCGUCGAACAGGUGCUGUUCACUUCUUCCGAGACGGACACCGACGUUGUCACCUGGACAAUGGCCACCACCUCUGAUGCUGGCGGUGCCAUCCCGAGCUGGGUGCAACGAAGUUGGACUCUGGGCGGAGCCCCGAGGGCUGUUGUGGCGGAUGUUGGCUUGUUCAUGAAAUGGGUAGCCAGCAAAAGGUCAUAAAAUGGCAAAUAUGAUCAUGCGCAGAUCAAAUUCAGACAGCUGAAGGUUGGGCUGAAGAACUGUACAGGCCUCGGCACUGAUUACAUUGG